CCAUAAACCCAAGACGGACAGAAAGCCGAGGGUUGGUGAGUGCAGGAGAUCCAAAAGGUUCACAGGAAAAGUGAUAUUUACCUUUUGGAUAAACCGUUAUAAUGCCACACUAUGAGGAUAUGAUUAAGAAAAUGCUGCCCAAGACAUAUCAUCGUAAACAUGUGGCCCAUGAAAUAUGUAUUGCAUUACGUCACUUCAAAAACCUUGUGCCCAUGAUGGAUAGAUACGUUUACAAUGAUGGAACAACAAAAAACUUGAUGAGUCUAACCGGAACCAUUCCUGUCAUGUUUACAGAAAAGACCUUCAACAUCCCGAUAUGCGUGUGGAUUGAGGAAAGCUACCCCCUAACUGCUCCCAUCUGCUAUGUCAGACCCACACGUGAGAUGAUGGUUCUCAGUGGGAAGUACAUCUCCGGCAAUGGUGAAGUCACACUACCUUACCUGGAGGAGUGGAAGAAUAAGGAAUGUGACCUGAUGAGCCUGCUGCAGGUGAUGGUUGUCAUGUUUGGAGAGUUCCCUCCUGUGUGCAUCCAGCCUCAUCUGGAGCCCGAACAAGCCCCUUGUUGGCUACAGUACCACAGACAACCAGAGGUGCUUUCAAAGGCAGAUGGAAGUUUGUAUCUGCAUUUAGCCAGAGAAGAGGAUCCACCUUUCCAGGAAGAAAAUGAAACCAACUGUUAGUUGUUUUUUUUGUGGGAUUUGACAAUAACGUUUGACUGUUUGUGUGUUGAUGAAUUUUUUAUUCCUGUAUACAAUGUCAGAUGGUAUCCAUUGAUUAUGUUAUUGUUAAUUAAUGAAUUACAAUUCCAGAAAAAUGGCAAGAUUCUUUAUGUUUUUUAUAAGAAUGUAACAAACUAAUUUAGUAUUUGAAUGCCAGUGUGUGUGUUAAACAACACAAAAUUGCUUUACAAGCAGCUCAUAAAACUUUACCUUAACUCCACCCAAAGGCAUUUUUUGUUCUUAUCUACAAACAUUUUGGACUUUUGACCGGUGAAGAGAAAGGUUAAUCAUUUGAAGAACACACACAGUCCAAUGCAGUCCAGGUGCAGUCCAAUAAAGCACGAAACAUUAUAGAAGAGUGUGGUGU